AUGGGAUUUCAGAGGAUGAGUUGUUCCUUGGCCCUUCAAAAAUCAAUGCCAUACAUAGCAAUGAUAUUUGUACAAUUUGGGCAUCCUGGGACAAAUGUUAUCAGUAAAGUUGCUCUUAAUGGUGGAAUGAAUCCCUUUGCUUUGGGGGUCUACAAACAUGCUGUUGCUACUCUUGUAAUGGCUCCCUUUGCACUUUUUUUUGAAAGGAAGAAGCAACCCAAGGUGACACUUCCUUUUAUAUGCCAAAUCUUAAUAACAGGAAUGUUGGGGCCUGUACUUGGACAAAAUUUAUACAAUCUGGGCUUGAAAUAUACUUCUUCAACUUAUGCCACAGCAAUGCUAACCUUGAUGCCUGUUAUCACCUUUGUAAUGGCUGCCAUCUUAAGAAUGGAGGAAGUGGGGCUUAAAGAUGUUCGCAACCAAGCAAAGAUAGUAGGGACACUAACAAGAAUCAUUAAGGGAUACCAUGCUCAACUUUCAAUUACAACCUUGAUAUGUUUGGUGGGAACAAUAGAAGCACUUACAACAACUUUUAUAUUUGAGAGAGAUAUUUCAAUAUGGACAUUAAAAUGGAACGUCAAUCUCGUAGCUGUUAUCUACACGGGUGUGGUAUCGUCAGCAAUGGCAUACUAUUUUCAAGGUGUUGCCAUGCGGUUAAAAGGGCCUGUUUUUGCCUCUGCAUUUUUUCCAUCAAGGCUCAUUAUUGUGGCAUUCAUGGGAUCCAUUAUACUGGCUGAGAAUAUCCAUUUGGGAAGUGUUGUGGGAGGAGUAGUGAUUAUUGUGGGUCUGUAUGCUGUUCUAUGGGGCAAAUUAAAUGAUAACAAGAUUUCAAGAGAAACAGAAAUACAAUUUCCUGAUACCCAAUUGCAUGAUCCCAAAGGAAACAAUGAAGAUUUGGAAGGUUUACAGUUUGGUAUUGAGAAUGAAUGGUCUUCCAGACAAAAACCAGAGAAGAUCAACAGUCUUGACAGAAUAGAUGUUUCUAAUAUUAGAAGUUUAAAAUAA